GUUGACGUCAUUUCCGGUUGGAGCUCUCAUCUCUAAACUUUACACGAGAUCUCGAAAAUGGCGUCUGAUCAAUUAAAUCGAAAGAAAGUCAAGUUUGUUAUUGUUGAUUCCGGAGCUUUUAUCAAGAAUGCUCCUAUAGACCGCAUUGGAGAAAAUAUUUACACUAUCAAAGAAGUUCUUUCUGAAGUUAUCGACAAAAACACCAGAGAUAGGCUGCAAGUUUUGCCUUAUGAAAUAUUGUUUCAAGAACCAAACAAUGAAGCUAUUCAUAGAGUCACUGAAUUUUCUAAGAAAACUGGUGAUUACCGGAGUUUAUCUGCUGUAGAUCUUCGUCUCAUUGCUUUAACCUACCAAUUAGAAAAGGAGCAAAAUGGUGAUGCUCAUAUAAAAACAGAGCCCACAAGAAAGACCAACUGGAUCAAUGCAAGAAACCCACUCGGAAAAGUAACUGAUAUUGCUGGUUUUUAUUUAGAUACUAAACAGAACCAUGAAACAGUAGAUAAAGAUGAAGAGAAAAAUUUGGAUGCACCUGAAAAUGAUUCAAUACAAAAUGAAAGAUUAGAACAAGGAGACGUGCUUUCUGAAAAAUAUAUUGAACCAGUUUCCAGUGAAGAAGAGGAAUCAGAUAAUGAUGAGAAUGGAGAAAACAAUAAUGAAAAUGAUAGAGAGGAUGGUGACGAUGAUGAUGAUGACGAAGGAUGGAUUACACCAGAGAACAUUGGUUCACUAAAACAGAAAAUUGAGCCUGAGAAAAUAGAACCUGUUAAUGUAACAGUCGGUUGUUUAACAUCAGAUUUUGCAAUGCAGAAUGUCCUUAUUCAAAUGGGUUUGAAUGUUCUGUCAGUCGAUGGUCUUCUCAUCAAACAAGCAAAGAGUUAUGUACUCAGGUGUUCAGCUUGUAUGAAAAUCUGUACAGUUCUUACAAAGAUGUUUUGUCCAUCAUGUGGAAAUAAAACAUUAAAGAGAAUUUCUAUGACUGUCAAAGAUGAUGGAAGUAUUCAAUAUCAUUUCAGUUCCAGGCGUCUUCUGAACUGCCGUGGACUUAAAUAUUCCCUUCCACUGCCCCAAGGUGGCAAACAUUCUAACAAUCCUAUCUUGUUUGAAGACCAGAGACUCCCACAACAGCGGGCAUCUAAGAAAGCUUUGCAGAGAUUAAAUGUCUUUGAUGAAAAUUAUGUUGCUGGACAAUCUCCAUUUAGAAUCCACGACUUGACCAGCAGAGCUGCACAGCUUGGAAUUAUAGGACAGGAGGUUAAACCAUGGAACAGAAAAAACCCCAAUGAAGGGGUCAGAAGAUUUUCCAAAAAGAAAAGAUAAUAAAUUAAAUCUUGUUAAAAUUUU